AUGAACAAUUACACAGCAAUAACUACAUUCAUCCUAAUGGGCCUAACAGAUGAUUCAACUCUACAGAUUCUGCUCUUUAUCUUUUUGUUUCUAACCUAUUUGUUGAGUGUUGUGGGCAAUCUGGUCAUCAUCACUCUCACACUGGUGGAUUCUCACCUAAAAACACCCAUGUACUUUUUCCUACGGAAUUUCUCCAUCUUGGAAGUCACAUUCACAACUGUCUGCAUCCCCAGAUUCCUCUACACAAUGGCAUCUGGUGACAAUACUAUUACCUACAAUGCAUGUGCCACUCAAAUGUUCUUUGCUAUCGUCCUGGGUGUAACUGAGUUCUUCCUGCUGACUGCCAUGUCCUAUGACCGCUAUGUGGCCAUCUGCAAACCCCUGCAUUACACAACCAUCAUGAACAAUAGGGUUUGCAUCAGAUUGCUUGUGAGUUCUUACAUCAUAGCCCUCAUCAUCGUCAUCCCACCAUUUGGCAUGGGUCUUGAAUUUGAGUUCUGCAAGUCCAAUGUCAUCGAUCACUUUGGCUGCGAUGCUGCUCCUCUCCUGAAGAUCACCUGCUCUGACACAAAGCUUAUAGAGCGGUAUGUCUUAACCUUGGCAGUGCUGACACUGCUGUUUACAUUAGCAUGUGUGACUCUGUCCUACACCUACAUCAUCAAGACCAUUCUCAGAUUCCCUUCUGCCCAUCAAAGGAAAAAGGCUUUUUCUACUUGUUCUUCCCAUAUAAUUGUGGUUUCUAUCACUUAUGGAAGCUGCAUCUUCAUCUAUGUGAAACCAUCUGCCAAAGAAGGGGUAGCUGUUAAUAAGGUGGUGUCGGUGCUCACAACUUCUGUCGCGCCAGUUAUGAAUCCAUUCAUUUACACCCUGAGGAACAAGCAAGUGGUUCAAGCUUUCAAAGGCAUGAUCAAACGAACUGCCUCAAUCACCCAGAACUGA